ACACACACACACACACACACACACACGUACACCAAGACAGAGAGACGAGAAGCAAGGCGUCGAGAGUAGCUUGACGUCACGGACACCAUGGGCUACAAGAAGCAGCGGAGACGCCCAGGCCCUGGUGGCAACGGCUCAUCGUCUUCGUCGUCGUUCCAGCAGCGAGGCAACAAUGGCGGCAAUGGCGGCAAUGGCGGCAGAUUCGGUGGCAGUGGUGCCGGCGGCAGCGGUGCCGACAGAAGAGACGGCAAGGCGGCCAAGCAGGACCGCGAUGCAGACGACUAUGAGCUGGACUACUUGGAGAGCAAGUUGGAUCGCCUCGUCAAGAUGGCGCAGGCGGACGAUCGCAUGGAUGCGCGGUUUGGCUUCACCAAGUUCACAAGCGGGCCAACCCGCCUUGGAUGGCUCCUCAACAUGCAAUCGACUGUAUUCCGUGACAGUGAAGGCCACGUGCGCAGCGCCGUCGACUUUUACUUCAUGGAGGAGGACGGCGGCAGAUUCAAGGUGGCAUACCCGUACCUGCCAUACUUCUUCAUCAAAGUGAAGUCCAACACGGCCAUUGAGGUGGAACAGUAUUUGCGUCGCAAGUUUGACGCAAAGCUGGCAAGCCUCGACAGAAUCGACAAGGAGGAUCUGUCUCUGCCAAACCACCUCGUCGGGCUGAGGCAGCUGUACUUGAAGUUGAGUUUCCUCAACGUCCACGACCUCAUGCACGUCAAGUCCAAACUCAUGCCCCGCAUCCGGAAGAACCAGCAGCAGGCGAAGGAGAGCAGGUAUUCAAGUGCGGCCCUUGACACAGCAGCCAUCGCUCGCACACGGCGCCACGGCCAUGACAGCGACGACGACGAUGAUGACGGUGGUGCACAGACGGACACGAACGCGCGCGUGCACUCGGACGAUGUACUCGACAACAUCGUCGACAUCAGGGAGUACGAUGUGCCAUACCACAUGCGCGUGUCGAUCGACAACAAGAUUGCGUGUGGCAAAUGGUACGACGCAGCCAUCACGGGGAACCAGGUCCUCAUCACAGAGCGAGCUGACAAGUUGCUUCGUCCGGAUCCAAUUGUGCUCGCGUGGGACAUUGAGACAACAAAGCUUCCCCUCAAGUUCCCAGACAUGGAGACAGACCAGAUUAUGAUGAUUUCGUACAUGAUUGACGGUCAGGGCUAUCUCAUCAUCAACCGUGAAAUCGUCUCAGAGGACAUUGAGGACUUUGAGUACACGCCCAAGCCUGAGUUUCCCGGACCGUUUACAGUCAUGAACGAGCAGGACGAACACGCCACCAUUUCGCGCUUCUUCCAGCACAUUCGCGAUGUGCGCCCGCACAUUAUGGCGACGUAUAACGGUGACUUCUUCGAUUGGCCAUUUCUUGAGCGCCGCGCUGAGAUUCUCGGGAUGAACAUGUUCCAGGAGAUUGGGUAUCGUCCAGACAACCAGGGCGAGUACAAGGCGCGGUUCGCCCCGCACAUGGACUGCUUCAGGUGGGUGAAGCGCGACUCGUAUCUGCCCGUCGGCAGUCAGGGUCUCAAGGCCGUCACGCGCGCAAAGCUCAGGUAUGACCCACUUGAGAUCCACUACGAGGAGAUUUGUCGGAUGGCGGCAGAGGAACCACAGCAGCUGGCAAACUACUCGGUCUCAGACGCCGUCGCAACAUACUACCUCUACAUGAAGUAUGUGAACCCGUUUAUCUUUGCGCUGUGCACGAUCAUCCCACUGGGGCCAGACGACGUCUUGCGGAAGGGCUCGGGCACGCUGUGCGAGUCACUGCUCAUGUUCAACGCGUACCACGCCAACAUCAUCAUGCCAAACAAGAAGCAGGCAGAGCUCAACAAGCUGCACGGCGGGCGACUGCUUGACAGCGAGACGUACAUUGGCGGGCACGUGGAGGCGCUCGAGUCUGGUGUGUUCCGCAGCGACAUCCCGUGCCGUUUCCGCAUCGUCCCGUCCGCCGUGCAGACGCUCAUUGACAACCUCGACAACACGCUUCGCUACGCCAUUGAGGUGGAGGAGAAGAGAGACUUCUCAACCAUCACCAACUACGAAGAGGUCAAGGCGGAGAUUGUUCGCCGGCUGGAGGACCUGCGUGAUAACCCGUAUCGCCAGGAGGUGCCGCUCAUCUAUCACUUGGAUGUGGCUGCCAUGUAUCCAAACAUCAUCCUCACCAACCGCCUCCAGCCGCCGGCAAUGGUGGACGAGGCCAUGUGCGCUGCCUGCUCCUUCAACAAGCCCGGCGCAAACUGUCAGCGGAAGAUGCCGUGGAAAUGGCGCGGCGAGGUGUCGCCGGCGUCGCGCAACGAAUACGAGUCGAUCAAGGCGCAGCUCGAGUCUGAGGUCUUCCCGGGCGAGAAUGAAGGAGACCCGCCACGCCCGUUCCAUGACCUGACGCCGGACGACCAGGCCGCACUGAUUAAGAAGCGCCUGCACGCGUACGCGCGCCGCGUCUACAAGAAGACGCACAUCACCACCGUGGAGGACCGCACGGCGACGGUGUGCCAGCGCGAAAACCCGUUUUACAUCAACACCGUCCGCAACUUCCGUGACAGGCGCUAUGUUUUCAAGGGCAAGCUGAAGGAGGCGAAGAAGACGUUUGAGAAGGUGCAAGAGACGGGCGAUCCCGUGAAGAUCAAGGAGACGUCCAACCUGGUUGUGCUGUACGACUCGCUCCAACUUGCGCACAAAUGCAUUCUAAACUCGUUUUACGGGUAUGUGAUGCGUAAAGGGGCGCGCUGGUACAGCAUGGAGAUGGCCGGCAUCGUCUGCCUCACAGGCGCAAACAUCAUCACCAGGGCGCGUGAGAUUGUUGAGCAGCUCGGCCGGCCGCUCGAACUCGACACAGACGGCAUCUGGUGCUGUCUCCCGGGCAGGUGCGAAGAGAAAGCGGACACAAUGAAGCAGCAGCGACUGACCGACAUCUUCCAAGCGAGAGCCAAGCCCGCCGACACAGCAGCGCCGCCAGCAUCGUCAUCCCCACAGAUUGCGGACAUGGAGGACCAGUUUUCUGGUCGCAGCAGCAGCAGCAGUGGUGGUGGUGGUGGCGGGAGCAGCAUGCCAAGGAAGCAGGCAACCAUCACCAUCCACCGCCGCGUCAAGGGGAAGGACGGCCGGAACAAGGUCAUGUCGGAGGAGGUGACAACCCAGCACUGGCGGGAAGCUCUUGGGCCUCCACCCAACCCAAAGGACGACUUUGGCGCUUGGCUGCGGUACCAGAAGAAGAAAUGGCGAAUCCAGCGCACACAGCGUAACCUGCGCAAGCAAAUGGGCGUGAGUGCGGACACAGUGCGUGCAUUUGGCGCAUCAUCCCAAACACCCGAAAAUCACCACAGCAGCGGCGGCGGCAGUGUUGGCGGUGGCAUGCGCAUGGGGAAACGCCUGUUGAACAUGGCGCAGUUUCUGCGGCAGAAGCAAGGCAACCUCAACUCCACGCAUUGGGAAAUCAUCCAGAUUGCUGAAACACGAGAGCCAGGCAUUAUGAAAGUCUGGUGCAUGGUUGCAGGCGACCUCCACUGCAUGCGUAUGAAUGUUCCCCGUCGAUUCUACGUCAAUCUCCGCACACCAGACACUUCUGGCACACGAGAACGCGUCAACAAGAUUCUCCCGAGACACCACAAGUGCUACCACCUGUACGAGUUUCGCAUGCGCGAGCGGGAAUUUCUGCAGCGGCAGCGUGUUCUCGCCGCAAAACUGUCGCACCCGGACAUCAUUGGCGUGUACGAGCUCAACAUCCCGCUCCUCUGGCAGGCCGUCGUGCAGCUGGGAUGCGUGGCCACGCUCAGGAAAACGCGUGCCCAAGCGCACAAGCCUGGGGAGGACUUUGACAUGGACGAUUUGCAGAGCAAGACGGUGACAUCAUGCCCGUACCUCCAUGAACCCCUGAACCAUGUGUUCCUCUUCCACAGCUACACGGGCACGCGCGCGGUGUUUGCGCUCUUUGUGCGGCACCUUGGCCGUGCGACGGUGGUCGUUGUCGACCCGGGCAACAACAAGGAUGCCAUUCCAAACCUGCGCAAGAUGUGGCGGGAGUGUGCGGCGGAGCAAACGCGGGACAUUGCGCAACAUCGCGAGGGAUGGACGGAGGAGGAGUUGCGGAGCUUUGUUCCACAGGACUCUGUCAGCUUUGAUGUGCAAGUUGUCACAAGCAACGCGCGCGCCUAUAGCGCUCUAUCCGAGGCUCUGGAGGACUAUCGGGAGGGUCGCCAUGGUCCAACCACAGUCAUUGCGCAAUCGCCACUGCGACUCGACACCCUCAGAGCCGACAUCCCUGCGUUGGAGGAGUACCCUGUUGUGACGGCGCCGUCGCCAUCGGGCGUCAACCAGUACGCAGCGCUCAACUGGCAGAAGCAAGCCUUGCACGACAUGUUGGCACACUGCUGCAUGUUCCCACGCUGGUUUGCAAUCACCCUAAAGGUUGCACGCUACGCGCAUGUCCCCAUCGGCAACCUCCCGGCAGACCACCACCUCUUCAUCUGCGAUGUGUUCUACGCACGCCAGCUCAGGAAGCAAAACUUCCUCCUGUGGGCGUCGCCGUCCCACCGCCCUGAUCUCGGCGGAAAAGAGGAGGAUGACAACCGCCUGAUGAGUGACGACUCGGAGACGCACUGGGAGAUCAACAACCCCGGCGUGUACAGCACGGCGUGUGUUGACAUUACCCUCAGCAGUCUGCCCAUGGCCGCUGUGCUCUACGCCGACGACAUCCACGAGACCGAAAACGGUGCGUCGAUGAUCGCGACGUUUGACAGCAACCCAAAGUCGUCACUGGAGGAAAUGGUUCAGGAGAAGACGGGAUUUGAGCUCACUGUCUUUGACGAGAGCGCUCAGUGCAUGCCCGCAUUCAAGGUGUUGCGUCUCAUGCUCAACACAUGGUUGAAGGAAGUGAUUCGAUUCGGAAACACACACGCAGAUGAGCAGCUCGUUCACUUCUUCAGGUGGCUCAAGUCGCCCGAUUCGCUGCUGUAUGAUCCGGCGAUGCUCCGGCUCGUCCGCGGUCUCAUGAAGAAGCUCUUUCUUCGUCUCAUCUCGGAACUCCGCAAACUCGGCAGUCAGAUUGUCUUUGCCAACUUUGCGCGGCUGCUAAUCAAGACGGACAAGACGAAUGUGGAGGAUGCCACAGCUUACACCAACUUCAUCCUCAAGGUCAUCCGUGAGCAGGAGGUGUUCCGCAUCGUCUACUUGCAGCCGACCAUGGUGUGGGACUAUCUUGUGUGGAUGGACGUGAACAACUAUGGCGGCAUUGACGAGGAGUCGACACCGUUCCACACGGAUUCGCAGCGCAUUGUGGGCAAAACCUCACCCAAGAAGGCCAUCAAAGACAAGGACCACCCAGCAAAGCGGCACAAGCGACGUGAGCGCAUGGGCAGCGGCAGUGACGAUGAAGAAGAGUCGUCCCAGUCCGUGCACGGCGAUUUGUCGCUGUUUGAGGACGGUGAACAUGCGCGCGACAACGAAGAAGAUGGCGGUGAGGAUGAGAGUGACAUGUCUCUGUCGCAGCUGCAGCCGGGCCAGCCCAUGCCACACGUGAACGUGGAGACGCACUGGAACAUUGCGGCAUUCUUGCCAAAGAUGUGCCAGGAGGUGUUUGAGGAGAUUGUUGGGCGGUGGAUUCUGCUGUGCUAUAACGCCAAGGUCGAGGCUCGUCGCAGGCGCGGUGGCAUGGGGCUCACCCCUCUCAAGGAGCAGACAACCGAGGAGAUUGCGCUGGCGAAGAAGCAGGCCUACCAGCAAAUUAAGGAAACGCUCUCGGAGAUGCUGAUGAAGGCGGUGGCAUUUGUCAACCAGAACCUGCCCGGUGAUGCGCGUGCGCAGGGACAGUCGGCCGAUUUCCCAAUGCUCCCUGGAUCGCAUCUCCCGCUCAAACACCCGGCGCUUGAGCUCACCAAGUCCAUCUGCCACGUCCUCAUGCUCGACAAGUCGCACGCAUCCGACAUGGCCCGUCUCAAGCGCAAUCUGCUCCAGCUCAUCUCUGUGCGUGAAUUCUCCUCGGAGGCCAAGUUCAAGGACCCCUGCCUGAGCUUUGUGCUGAGCGAUUUCGUGUGCACGUUCUGCAACACGUACCGUGACCUUGAUCUCUGCCGUGACUCGACGCUCAGCACCAAUGACGACGGCACAACGGUGUGGAAAUGCCACGAGUGCGACAGUGAAUAUGACCGCGGUGUCAUUGAACAGCAGCUCAUCGAGCACAUAAACCAAAUUAUCAUGAUGUACCAGCUGCAAGACGUGCGGUGCAUCAAGUGCAAGCAAGUGAAGGACACCAACAUGCACAAGUUCUGUGAGUGCUCGGGCACGUUCAACACCGCGAGCACGGCACCGGGCGAACUCAAGCAGCAACUCAGCACCAUGCAACGCAUUGCACAGGGUCACAAGUUGGAGCUGCUUGAGGAGAUGACGACGUGGGCCCUCGGUUUGAUUCCCAACUGAUUGGACAAUGCAUUCGAUCAGACGAUGCACGUGCGUGCGCGCAUGGCCUCGUGUGGAGUUAUGAUGCGAUGGGUCAUGCUGUGUGGGUGUGUGUUCUUUUACUUGUACUCUUGCUUUGUUCUUUCCUCUUCUGUUGAUUCGUGCCUACCGCCUAUGUUAAUUGAACCACAAUGACAAACACCGGCUGCUGUGAAAGUGGCAAUGCUUGCUUGCUGUAUUGGAAGAGGGAUGGGCGCUAUGAUGAACGUACACCCACGGGUGCUCGUCAAACCAAUGAAGGACGACGAC